AGAGUAGCUUUCUGAGGGCAUAUGUUAGCCUUCAGUUUUAGUGAGGAGUAAGGGACUAAAUCCAGCAAAAACUUACGUGAAAACAACCUGAGGAAAAGCUGUAGACUGUGAGUCAAGAUGGGGAAUGGCAAAUCUAUAGCUGGUGAUCAGAAAGCAGUUCCUACACAAGAGACCCAUGUGUGGUACAGAACAUUUAUGAUGGAAUAUCCAUCCGGCCUGCAAACACUACAUGAAUUUAAGACACUUUUGGGUCUGCAAGGUCUGAAUCAGAAGGCCAAUAAACAUAUUGAUCAAGUUUAUAAUACCUUUGACACGAACAAGGAUGGAUUUAUUGACUUUUUGGAGUUUAUUGCUGCUGUAAAUCUAAUUGUGCAAGAAAAAAUGGAGCAAAAAUUAAAAUGGUAUUUUAAGCUGUAUGAUGCUGAUGGAAAUGGUUCUAUUGACAAAAAUGAACUACUGGACAUGUUCAUGGCGGUACAAGCCCUCAAUGGCCAGCAAACUCUGAGUCCUGAAGAAUUCAUCAACUUGGUGUUCCAUAAGAUUGAUAUAAACAAUGAUGGGGAAUUGACUUUAGAAGAAUUUAUCAAUGGCAUGGCAAAAGAUCAGGAUCUCCUGGAGAUUGUUUACAAGAGCUUCGACUUCUCCAAUGUGCUGAGAGUAAUCUGUAAUGGGAAGCAGCCAGACAUGGAGACAGACUCCUCCAAAUCUCCUGACAAGGCUGGUCUAGGGAAGGUGAAAAUGAAGUAGCUGUGAGAAUACCUUUCCCAGCUAUCAAUGAGCACAACAUUUCAGUAGAGAAGAAACAGAAUCUUCACCAUGUACAUGCUAUUGAUUUCAGGUCUUUGUUAUAAUUCAUAUAGGCUUGAGAAUAUAGCACUGAUUUUAAUCCAAUAGAGACUUCCAUAAAGAUCCUAAACAGAUGCAUUGUUGCUUUUCUGUGCUCUCUCUGCAGAUUAAAACAUAACGAUUACACUGAAGGAUUGUCUCCAUACCUAUCCGUUCAAAUUAGAACUCUCAUAUGUGUUUCCUUGUGCACUUAAUCUACACCUUGGAAUAGAUCUGGAUUAUCAGUUGGAAAAUGUCUCCACAGUUUAGCAUUCUUAGAUUAAACAUUCAUGUGGU